GUUCGGGAUUACUGGGCAGAUCAAGAUCAGCAGUGGUGCCGGGAUCAUCCGAUCCUGAGUAAUGCAUCCGACUGGGGAGACUGUGUUCCGCUACGCCUCUAUGGCGAUGGGGCAGAGUUCACCAGCAGCCCAUUUGCAAACAAGUUUUGCGACAUGCUGUGA